CCAGGAAAGCAUAAAAUCAGGCUGUGCCUCCGUUUCCUGCUCAUCUGCUUGACCAGAGACGAUAUAACACUUCGAGUUCGUUCUCAGAGGGACAAGCACCAUGGAUCUGAUAAUCACUGUGACUCUUUUCUGCUCAGUGCUGAAAGCUGCUGUCGGCUUUAAUGUCGACUCCAGUUCUUGGAAAACCCUGAAUCAUUCUGAUGAAAGUUUUGGAUCCCAUGUGGUGCAAAGACGAUCAGAUCUGCUUGUCAGCGCCCCACGACUACAGUAUGAACAUAAUGAAACAGGACAGAUAUUUCAGUGCUCUACAGAUCAUUGUCGCCCUCUGUUCACUGCAGAGCAAAGAGCUGCAGUCAACAUGUCCCUUGGUUUGGUGAUGAUACAUGAUCCAUCAACACAAAACACAAAGGUCUGUGGUCCAACCAUUCCCAGUGACUGCACAAUGAUGACCAUGUACAAUGGUUUGUGCUAUGAGAUCGAUCAGGGUAAUGCGAUUGGAAAGUCUUACCCGUCUGCGACUGAAGAGUGUCGAACCCAAGCUGACAUUGCAUUUCUGCUGGAUGGCUCAGGCAGUGUAGCUUCUGUUGAUUUCAUCAGAAUGAAAGUAUUUGUGAAAAAUCUGAUCAAAACAUUCCUGGGAAGAGACACACAGUUUGCCAUUACCCAGUUUUCCUUUUCUCCAACAACGCAUUACUACUUUAACACUUUUAGAACCUUCAACUGGGAAUCUCAAAUUGACAACAUCCGUCAAUUAACCGGAGGAACAAAUACUGCUAGAGCCAUCCAAAAUGUUGUGGACGACGUCUUCUCACCACAAAGGGGUUCCAGGUCAAAUGUGAAAAGAAUUUUAAUAGUGAUUACAGAUGGAGAGUCUAAUGAUAGACAAAACUUACCCACAGCAACACAGUCAGCUGAUCGAAAAAACAUUCUUCGAUUUGCUAUUGGGGUGGGGGACGCAUUCACAAAUGUUUACGCAAAACAAGAGCUCAGAACGAUUGCAUCUCAACCUGCUCACGACUUUGUGUUUGAAGUGGGAAGCUUUGAUGCUCUUGACAAAAUACGGGAGACCUUGCAGGCCAAAAUUAACUCCAUUGAAGUGCCCCCACAGUUGAGGAGGGGAACAGCCAUAUGUUAUUCCAUGGCUGUUGCUAAAACCAACGAUGGUCCACUGACAAUUCUUGGUGCUCCAAGAAAUCAGAACAAAGGAGUUGUUAAGACUGUUUUCAAUGAACAACUGAGAGAUGAAAUCAGACCCUUUGAAUCACAGACUGGUGAAUAUUUUGGGGCUGAGGUUUGUGCCAUGGAUGUGGAUUCUGAUGGUGUUACUGAUCUCAUCCUCAUAUCCUCUCCGAUGUAUAAAGACGAUGAUAGAGAAGGACGUGUUUAUGUCUGUGAAUUAAGUCGUUUGGAUGUGGUUUGUUAUUUUGAUAAUUCAUCACAAAUCACCACACUAAGAGGUGAUGUGUCUGUCAGAGGAAGGUUUGGGUCGUCUCUUGCUGUUCUGCCUGAUAUAAAUGCAGACACAUUCAAUGAUCUGGCCAUUGGAGCUCCUCUAGAGAAUGAUGGCCAAGGCAGCAUCUACAUUUUCCAAGGAGAAGGAGGAAGAAAAAUAAAUCCUACUUACUCACAGAGAAUUGCUGCAUCUGCCGUCCAAUCAGGCCUGAAGUUCUUUGGCAUCUCAAUCAGUCAGUCUUCCUACGAUCAGAGUGGUGAUGGACUUCCUGACUUAGCAGUGGGUUCAAAGGGGAAAGUAGUCUUACUCAGAUCCAGACCAGUUGUAUCAGUGACUGCCACUGUGACAUUCAACCCAAAUCUGAUUCCAACUCAAAACCCAGACUGUUCAAAACAACUGCCAAGCAAGGCUACCGUCUGCUUCACUAUGAGCAAACUGUCUAAUGUGAAUGAAGGUACAUUUCUUACUUUACUAAAGCAGGUCAAUUUCACCUUAACUUUGGACGCAAAUCGUAAGAUACCAAACAACCGAGCUGAGAUCAGCAAGGAUGUGAGACACAAGAGUGGAUCUCUUAAUCUUAAUUUAAAUAGGAGAGAAUGCACUGAUGUGGACUUCUUUAUUGAGUCUUGUCCAGAAGAUGCUCUCAAUCCACUCAAUAAUGAGCUCAGAUUCACAUUUGAUGGUUUGCCUUCUGGUUCAAACCCAAGACCAAGCCUUUCUCCACAGGUUAAAACCACAACAUUUCAUCCUCUUGGCUUUCAGAUCUGAGGAGGAGCUGAUGAAGAGUGUGAAGAUAAUUUGAAGGUGGAUUUAAACUUCACCAAGCUGGAUUUUUCAUAAGCAAUGACAACAAUGUGAUGAGUGAAAAUGCAGGACGGCGAGCCGGACCUGAAGGAGAAACACUCAGAGAGGGAUAAAAUUCUCUCUUAUCUGUUAUCUCCAGCCAGCACAUUUUUAAUGAUGAAUAUUUCUAUGACGUGUAAUUGAUGGCCUGAAUGAGCAAAACAUAAUGUGUAUUUUCCAAAUCAUUACUUGUUAAUUGCUACCUUGAAAUGCAUCUGCUAAAAAUGUAGUUUCUCUUUCUACAGGGAAUUGAUUAAAACUGCUGUUUCUCUCACCUUCAGCGAAAAUUUUGCUUGGCUUCUUUCAUCAUAAAUGUUUUUUUUUUAUAAUUUGUAAUUAUCCAAAUAAACAAAAUCUUUUAAA